CACAAUAUAUAAUUCCAGAUUUGUUUGGUUAACCCCAAGCUUUAACCCAGGUUAAUAUUGUAUCUUGUUGUUGUCAUCAAAAAAGGAAAACCGGCCGGUCCUCCCACUCAUUUCUCCCUUGUAAAGGGCUUCUCCUUGUCUGUUACUUUCAGAAAUCACAAUGCUCUCUCGUUUCAUAUCCAAAUCUUCCUCCCAUCUCCGUCUCUUAAUCCAACUCCCCUCCAAAACCCACUUCUUAAACCCUAAACCCAUUCUCCCAAUACCAUUCUUCUCCCCCAACAACAACUCCAAUUACUUCUCCACACACAACAACAACAAUGGCAAAGAUUUCUGGAAACUGUCUUCAGAAACUGAAAAGUCAGUGUUCAACCAACAAGACUCGGGAGAAACUGUCGAGGGAAUAGGAAAACAGGUUCUUGAUGAUGAUGAUGUGCCGUGGGGUAAAGAAGAAGAAGAAGAAAACACUGAUGUGUUUAAGGAAGAGAAGGGUGCUGGUGAUGGGGAGGAGAUUUGGGCGACAGCUGAAGGGUAUAAACCUUGGAGUUUUGAUGUUGAAGGGGAAGGAGAGCCAGUGUUUAAUGUUGAUGUUGGGGAAGUGCUUAAGGUAGAAACCGAAAUUAAGGGGUUUGAAGAUGAGGAAGCUAAACUUCAGGAGAAAAAGUUGCUUGAUGUGGAAGAACAAGCUCUUAAGGAGGUUCUUAAAGGUCCUAAUCGUGCAUUUGGUGAUCUAAUAGCGGCAUCUGGAAUCACGGAAGAAAUGAUGGACAGUUUGCUUGUGCUGAGAGACCUGGAUGGCAUUCAAGGACUUCCUCCUUUGAGUGAAAUCGAAGAAAUGCGUUAUCAAAAGAAUACUAGGAAGUCAAGCAGAGCUGAUAUAGAGCGCCAAAAACAGGAGGAAGUAGCCAAGGCGCGAGUCAAACAAGUAGAUGAAAAGGGAAGGGCUUAUGGGACAGGAAGGAGGAAGUGUAGUAUAGCCCGUGUUUGGGUUGAACGAGGUGGUGGUAAAUUUACGGUGAAUGACGAAGAGUUUGAUGUAUACUUCCCAAUGCUUGAUCACCGAGCUUUUCUUCUUCGACCUUUUACUGAAACUAAGACAUUGGGCUUGUGGGACGUGAGAUGUACUGUAAAAGGAGGGGGUGUGUCAGGUCAAGUUGGUGCAAUUCAGUUGGGCAUCAGCAGGGCAUUGCAGAAUUGGGACCCAGAGUUGCGGCCUCCGCUGAGAGAAGGUGGUUACUUGACAAGGGACUCGAGAGUUGUGGAGAGGAAAAAGCCUGGUAAAGCAAAAGCAAGAAAGAGCUACCAAUGGGUCAAGCGUUGAUCUGUUAUAUGGUGCUAACACUCCGGAAUUUGCUCCCCGAAGGAUUUGGCAUCAAUCACAUAAGUUUCCCAUUUGAAGCCAUUGUUUACUUAUGGCGCGAGUAUACAGAAUUUGUUGCCCAGAAUAUAUUCUUGAUCAGUUGGCUGAGCUUUGCCUUUUAAGAUGCUUGCCUAUUUUGUUGUUAGAGACUUGCUUUCUCACUCACUCACAUUUGUAACAUAAUUUAGCUUUGUUGGGACUAAAUUUUGGAUAGAUGAGCAAUGAUUUUAAGAGCUUUAAUAAUGCAGACUAUACUACUUUUGAAGUUC